AAGUCGUGAGCUUCAGCAUCUAUCGCUAGCUGUGUGUUCGUAGUCAUAUCCCCUCAAAAGAAAACUCAAGAUGAACCAGCAAUCGAACAGUGCGAGCUACCAGGCGGGCCAGGCCAAGGGCCAAGUCCAGGAAAAGACUAACCAGAUGGCAGACAAGGCCAGCAAUGCUGCUCAGUCUGCCAGGGAGUCCUGCCAGGAGGCAGGACAGCAGAUGAGGGCAAAGGCACAGGGAGCUGCUGAUGCGGUCAAGAAUGCGACUGGAAUGAACAAGUGAAGAAGCUAUUAAUUAGGAGGAUAAGGAUCCACGAUCCAUCUGCGCCCCAGCCCAAUUCCUUUUCUUCUUCUUUUUCUUCUUGAACCUAUCCCUGUUUCAUCGCUUUUUCAAUUUAUUUAUUUGUAUUCUUUUAUUUUGGGGGGAGGGGAGCAAUUUUGGGCUCUUUAUUUAUUUAUUUAUUUAUUUUCUUCUCAAUUUUCCUGAAGUGCUGCCGGUUGUUACUGGCUAGCUUUGGAAGAAGGAAAGAACUAUCAAUCCAUCCAUCUAUUUAGCUCUAGCGAUCAGAGAGUUGUUGUCGUUCCGAGUUAUUUUUGUUUUGGAGAAUAAUAUAAUCUUUCUUUCUUUCUUU